AUGGGGAUGGGGUUGCUUCCUCUUCUUGCUGCCUGCUGCUCCCUCCUGCUCACGGUCGCAGCUCCUGCCCGGGACAUCGCCAGCGUCUGCGCUUCGCAAAUCAGUGAUUUCCCGCACCGGAAUAGCUCGGGCCUCCACCUGACGCUGCACCACCCGCAGAGCCCCUGCUCGCCGGCGCCGCUCCCGUCCGACCUCCCCUUAUCCACAGUCCUCACCCACGACGAUGCGCGCGUCGCCCACCUCGCCUCGCGUCUCGCCGCCAGUAAGACGCCGCCCCGCCGCCCGACAUCGCUCCGCAAGCCGAAGGCCGCCGGCGGCAAACUCGACGACUCCCUGGCCUCCGUACCGCUCACGCCGGGAACGUCCGUGGGCGUGGGGAACUACGUCACCGAGCUUGGCCUCGGCACGCCUGCCACCUCCUACGCCAUGGUCGUCGACACGGGCUCGUCGCUCACCUGGCUGCAGUGCUCGCCCUGCGUCGUAUCGUGCCACCGCCAGGUGGGCCCGCUCUACGACCCCAGGGCGUCCAGCACCUACGCCUCCGUGCCGUGCUCGGCAUCGCAGUGCGACGAGCUCCAGGCCGCCACGCUCAACCCGUCCGCCUGCUCCGUCAGAAACGUCUGCAUCUACCAGGCCAGCUACGGCGACAGCUCCUUCUCCGUCGGCUACCUCAGCAAGGAGACCGUCUCCUUCGGCUCCAGCAGCUACCCGAACUUCUACUACGGCUGCGGCCAGGACAACGAGGGGCUCUUCGGCCGCUCCGCGGGACUCAUCGGCCUCGCGCGCAACAAGCUCUCGCUGCUCUACCAGCUCGCGCCCAGCUUCGGCUACUCCUUCUCCUACUGCCUCCCGACGUCGGCGUCAACGGGGUACCUCUCCAUCGGGCCCUAUAACUCUGGGCAGUACUCGUACACGCCCAUGGCCUCGAGCUCUCUCGACGCCUCGCUCUACUUCGUCAUCCUGUCCGGGGUGUCGGUCGGCGGGAGCCCACUCGCGGUCUCCACGUCGGAGUACAGCAGCCUGCCCACGAUCAUAGACUCGGGCACGGUGAUCACGCGCCUGCCGACGGCCGUGUACACGGCGCUGAGCAAGGCGGUGGCCGCGGCCAUGGCAGGGGUGCAGAGCGCGCCGGCGUUCUCCAUCCUGGACACGUGCUUUGAGGGCCAGGCGUCGCAGCUGCGCGUGCCGGCCGUGGCCAUGACGUUCGCGGGCGGCGCCUCCCUCAAGCUGGCGACGCGGAACGUGCUCAUAGACGUGGACGACUCCACGACGUGCCUGGCGUUUGCGCCCACCGACAGCACGACCAUCAUCGGCAACACGCAGCAGCAGACGUUCAGCGUCAUCUACGACGUCGCGCAAUCCAGGAUCGGCUUUGCGGCAGGUGGUUGCAGCUGA